CCCGACUUCGCGACGUCUCGACUCCUCGCCUCCUCUCCUUCUUUCGUUCGACCGUACGCCGGCAAAGCAAAGGCAAAGGGCAGCCCCAGUCAGGCUGUGGUUGUUUGCUAGCAAGCAUGAGCCCGCCGCUGCAGCUACGGUUGGGAUUCUCGAUUCGAGGCUUUGCUGUUGCUUGCCCUUUGCAGAUUGAGGUCGCGUGUCGACUGAGUUCCGUUGACGUUGUUCGGCUCACUGGUCAAACCUACAUCUCGUCUCCCAUCCCAUCUUACCCUCCAACCCCUCUCUCACCCAUCCACCCCUAUCAACCCCCUCAUCCAAAGUUCUGAUCGCUGGUCGAUCCCACCUCACUCAUCUAGCAGCCCUCAUAGCCUCUAGCUAUCAACCACGCUCUUUACUCACGCUCAUUCGCAGCAACCUCAACUCAACACCCAGCAUGCUCACCUCUACCACUCGCCUCGCCACUGCGGCUACUCUUCUCUCUGCUGCGCUCGCCUCAGCGUCCGUCGUGCCCCUCAAUGAGCGAGCAGACGGUGUCACGCCCACCGCUCCUGGUCCUGGCGACGUCUUCCGUCAAGGCUCUCAGUGCACUACGGAGUGGACGCCAGACACCUCUGGCAAGUGGACCAACUUCACGAUUGAUCUCAUGACCGGCAGCAACUUCGCCAUGACGAAGCUCGCAACCGUCGCGACUGGGUUGGACGGAACUUCAACCACCAAGACGUCCGUCUCGUACCCGUGCCCGGAAGUCUCGCCCAACUCGGCCAUCUACUUCUACCAGUACACAUUGGCAGACGGUACCAGUCCCACCUGGACCACCCGUUGGACCAUCGCCGACGCCAACGGCAACACCGAGCCAGAGGAGCACAAGACCCAGACUGACGGGUCAAAGAUUCCUUGGGGCAAGGGAAAAUUGGUGGGCAAUGUGCAGGCGACGACGGGUGGUAGUGACAGCACCAGUGGAAGCAGCUCAGCAUCGGGGUCCUCAUCGUCCCCCUCGUCGAGCGCCUCUGCUUCGCAGGCGUCGAUGCAGACCAAGGUGGCCAGCUCGACGUCCUCGGCCGAUGACUCAGAGCAGACCGGAUCAUCGUCAGCUGCUUCGUCCCAGUCAUCGUCAGGAUCGUCCCAGUCGUCGAGCUCUAGCUCCAACCUCUCCACCUCCGGUGCCUCUCGCAACGUCGGUGGCAGCGUUGCUGUUGUUGGCGCUCUUGUACUCGCAGCAGCGUCUGUGCUCGUUGCUUAAGGACUCUCCCUAGCCCGGACCCGUCUGUCACUGCCAUUGCGUCGUCGUAUUUGCUUUCGUUCCUGCCCUUCCACGCUACUGCCUUCGUCUGUCGACCCCAUCCUGCUCGUAGAUUGCCGCCACUGCUGGUGUGCUUGGAAUCCCAUCGUUGACACUCUGCAGUUCUUCCCUGUCGUCCACCUGCGCGGGUCUCCUUGACGACGAGUAGACAAGGACCGAGCGGCCCUCGGGAAAGGUAGACACAGCAUAUCAUCCACGUCGCGAGCUCAAAGAUAUAGUACAUCGAUUGCUUGCUUUGUGCAUUGCAGGG